CCCACCCUAUGUGAGAGGAGGAGAUAAAACAAGUCCAACUGGUUAUAGAGAGAGAAUGAGUAAAGUUCAGUUUCAUUUCUUGUUCCUGACUUCAGUGAUGGCGGCUGCUGAUCUGAGAGCUGAGCUGAGCUGCUCCAUCUGCCUGAGCAUUUAUACUGAUCCUGUAUCCCUGCCGUGUGGCCAUAACUUCUGCCGGAGCUGUAUUGGGACAACAUGGGACAUCCAGGUGGGAUCUGGGGCUUAUUCCUGCCCUGAAUGUAGAGCAGAGUAUCAGGAGCGCCCUGCCCUGUACAGGAACAGAACUCUGAGUAACACAGAAGAGAGAUUCCGUCCAACUGAGACAGAGCCGGGGGAGACUGGGAUCUUCUGCACCUACUGUGUCCUCUCUCCUGUACCUGCUGCUAAAUCCUGUCUCCUGUGUGAGGCUUCUCUGUGUGAUACCCACCUGAGGGGGCACAGCAAGUCAGCAGAACAUGUACUGACCCAACCCACCGACUCCUUUAUGGAGAGAAAAUGUUCUGUACAUAACAAGGUUCUGGAGUAUUUCUGCUGUGAGGAGUCUGUCUGUAUCUGUGUAUAUUGCUGGGUGUCUGAGGAGCACAGGGGCCACAGGGUGGAGCUGCUGAGUGAGGCCUCUGAGAAGAAGAAAGAGAAUCUGAGGAAAGUUCUGGAGAAACUGAGGCCAGAGAGAGAGGAGACUGAGAGAGGAGCCCAGAGACUGCAGGAGCGCAGGAGAGAAGUGGCAGAAAAAGCAGCUGGUGAGACAGAGAGAGUCACUGCCCUGUUUAGAGACAUCAGGGAACAGCUGGAAGCCCUAGAGAAGCGACUCCUGAGUGACAUCUCCAGCCAGAAAGAGGAGCUUUCCCUCCAACUCUCUGAUCUGAUGGAGCAGCUGGAAAUAAAGAAGGACGAGCUGUCCUGGAAGAUCCGUCACAUUGAGGAGCUGUGCAACAUGGCAGAUCCACUCACUGUCCUACAGGAACGGGAAUCACAUGGAGCUGCAGAUAAUGAGGGGGGCAGAGAGAGACAUUAUAUAAAGGUCCCUGCUGUAGGGGAUCUGGAUGUGGAUCUGAUCUCAGAGACAUUACUCACAGGCUUAGCUGCCAUUGUGACUGGGGUAAAGGGAAGGAUCUAUGGGCAGGAGGCUACAGACCUGUUACUGGAUAUAAACAUGGCUGGGAAUCAUGUAUCUGUAUCAGGGGACAGGAAAUCUGCUUCCUACUCAUUUACAAACCAGCAUCGCCCAAAAACCCCAGAGAGAUUCCAGUGCUUUCAGACUUUAAGCAGCAGGAGUUUCCCCUCAGGGCGACAUUACUGGGAAGUGGAGGUCAGUGAAUCAGGGUGGUGGGGGGUAGGGGUGGCCUAUCCCAGUAUAAAGAGGAGAGGGGGUCAGUCCUGGAUUGGGAAUAAUAACAAGUCCUGGUGUUUGUGCACAUGGAAUAAUAACUAUUCAGUGAGACAUGACAGAAAAGACACAAAUUUACCCCACGUCCCUUCCUGCAGGAGAAUCAGGAUCUCACUGGACUAUGAGGCUGGACGUCUGUCCUUUUAUGAGCUGAGUGAGCCAAUCAGACACUUACACACCUUCACUGCCACAUUCACUGAGCCCCUUCAUGCUGCAUUCUGGGUAGGGAGAGCAACCUGUGUGAGAAUCAUUAGUUAGGGAACUGCCCAGCAAGAAACCCAUUCCCAGAGCUGCCCUUACCCUGUGAUACAGGAGCCAGUGACUGAGUUGCCAUUUUAGCUAUGUAAAUACCAUUUAUUGCAUUUUACAUUUUUGAAAACUUAAAUGUGUUGUCUGGGCUCAAAAAUGGGGUGCAGAGACCUGUGCCCCCCAAUGAAUACAGUGAUACCAUGACCAGUGUUGGACUGGCCCAUCAGCAUAUUUAGAAAAUUCCUGUGCCCCCCCCCGCUCCAUUGUGCCUUGUAUGUCUGUAUCUAACGCAUUCCUCUUUUCUGUAUAAGAACAAAGAACAGUGAUGGGGAGAAGAGACUGGGAGAAUAAAGAUGCAGAGUGAGGAGAAGAGGAAAAUAAUGGGGAGAUUAGGGAGUUGACUUUUAGUCUAAGGUUUUCUGGUUGGUCCCUGAGACCCCAGUCUGACACUGGCCAUGACUGACAGGUGGGGAAGGUCCUUUUACUCUCCUAAAAGCUUUUGCAGUUCUGUCUGUGUGACUCCUCCCUUGUCUGUUCUCCCUGUAUCUGAGUGGGUUCCCUUCUGGUACCCCAGUUUCCUCCCACACCCCAAUAACACACAGGGAGCUCCUGAUUCUAAUCAUCUGGCAGUUGUGUCAGUGUCAGUGUUUGUGUGUAUGUGAAGGUGUGAGUGUGUAUAGAUGUGUAUAUGUGUCAGUAAUUAUAGAAAACAUACAAAUAUUUAACCUGAAUCAUACAGGACAUAUUAACUGUACCCCAAAUCAGUCUCACGCCCCUCCCCCUACUGUCUCCCACCCCAGUCAGUUUAGUUUAUGUGUCAUUAAACAUUAAAUGGCUCCAAGUUUCCCUACAUGUUCCAUAAUGCACCAAUUAUGCCUACUAAUAAAUGCUUUAAUGAGUUAGACGCCUGCAUAAGAGAGUUUAUUUGGGCAGGAGACGUCCCCGCAUAGCCAUGCAGAUGCUCCAACUCCCAGAUAACAAAGGAGGACUAGUCCUCCAGAACCUAUUAUUAUAUUUCUAUGUAAGUCAAUCGGUGUACACCAGGUGGUGGCUCAAUCCAGAUCUGAACAACCAGUGAUUGCUUCUGACCAACCAAUUAUAUAGAGGUCUCUCAACAGUAUACUCCCUAACGCCCCCUAUGAAAACAGUGAUCCAAGUUUUCUCUAGAACACUUAUGGCAGCUCAUAAAAAACAAACAACUAGUCCACAUGGACUGCACUUUGGGGGAAUAACGCUCUCUCACGCUUUCAGGCUAUCCCAAAUGUUAAUGUCUGGGCAAAUGUAGGGGUAAAACUCUUUACUGAUAUAGUAAAGCUUUGAGAACUCAAACAAUUUGACCAGCUGAAACAAGAAUUUGUGCUAAAUAAAUCAGAUGCUUUUUCACGUUUUUUUCAACUUAGACAUGAUGUCCAAGCCCAGUUCUCAGGGGAGGCACCCACUCAUGUUGGAACUCACACUGGCACAGUAUCUACAUACACCCAAUCUUUCUAAGCCCCUUGGCUGGUUUUAUAUUAUCUUGCUACAUUAGUAGUAAAUAGGCUCAGGAUCUCCCUCGUCUUAAAAAGGGAGACUGGAAAGAAAUACUUGAGCAGAUACCCAAAGUCAAUAUUCCAACCAGAGAUAGAUACAUACAUAUAAAGUUUUUGAAUAGUUUAUUUCUCAGGCAAACCCUGGUGUUUGUGUAAAGUGUAAUAUUGAGCAAGGUAAUUAUCUGCAUGUGUUUUGGGAAUGCCCCAAGAUCCGACUAUAUUGGACAUUUAUACUCAAUUUUAUGGACACUUGGUUGGGGCUACCCAAUAUUUGGACCCCGGAAUUUUGUCUAUUAGGACAUGCAGAAAGCUUAAAUAUUUUGCCUGGAGAUAGGCUGUGUCUUCAACAACUGCUCCACUUUGCAAAGAAAGCAAUUCUCCUGAUUUGAAAGGCAACAGAACCCCCAACUCUUGGAUUCUGAAUUCAGCUGACAGAUGAUAUGCUCCCAUAAUAAAAACUUACCUAUAUAGCA